UCUUCGGUCGUUGAAAAUUUGAUUCAAUUGAACCAGAAAAGAGUUAAAGAUCAGAUCUUUCAGCUUUCAAAGAAACCCAAAUCCAAUCAAUUGGGUUAUAAAGGUUGUGAAUUUAUAUAAUGGAGGAUGUCCAGGAGCAGCAAAGUCCAUUACUUGGUCAAGAUGGUGAAAACGAAAUAGUCGUUGAAAGUGCUCCAUCUGUCCAUAGGGAACCUCCUCAGGAUGGUAACGGCCCCCCAAAAGUUGAUUCUAAGGAAGAAGUUCUUCGUGACAAAGUCAAGAAGCGAAUCAUGAAGGAAGGCCAUGGUCCGAUACCAUCCAAAUAUUCAACAUGCUUCUUGCACUACAGAGCAUGGACUGAAAGCACACAGCAUAAGUUUGAAGACACGUGGGAUGAACAACGACCACUUGAAAUGAUAUUAGGAAAAGAGAAAAAGGAAAUGACUGGCUUGGCUAUUGGUGUAUCCAGCAUGAAGGCGGGAGAACGUGCCCUAAUACAUGUAGGCUGGGAGUUAGGAUAUGGAAUUGAAGGAAACUUUUCUUUCCCUAACGUUCCACCCUCAGCAGAUUUAUUGUAUGAAGUUGAGCUUAUCGGAUUUGAUGAGACCAAAGAAGGGAAAGCUCGUGGUGAUAUGACUGUGGAGGAGAGGAUCGGAGCAGCAGAUAGAAGAAAGAUGGAUGGAAAUGCUUUAUUUAAGGAGGAAAAAUUGGAGGAGGCUAUGCAACAGUAUGAAAUGGCAAUAGCAUAUAUGGGUGAUGACUUCAUGUUCCAAUUAUUUGGGAAGUACAGGGACAUGGCUUUGGCUGUUAAAAACCCAUGCCACCUUAACAUGGCAGCAUCCCUGAUAAAGCUCAAGCGAUAUGAAGAAGCCAUUGGACAAUGCUCUGUUGUACUGGCAGAAGAUGAAAACAAUGUGAAAGCCCUAUUUAGGCGAGCAAAAGCCAGAGCAGAGCUUGGGCAGACAGAUGCGGCGCGCGAAGAUUUUCUGAAGGCACGCAAGUUUGCUCCUCAAGACAAAGCUAUUGCAAGAGAGUUGCGUCUGCUUGCUGAACAUGAUAAGGCUGUUUAUCAGAAACAGAAGGAAAUCUACAAGGGAAUUUUCGGACCAACACCGGAACCUAAACCCAAGCAAACUAACUGGUUGAUCAUUAUUUGGCAAUGGCUAUUGUCGUUAUUCUACAGUCUCUUUAGGCGUGAGAAGCGGAAAGCUGCAUAGUCAACUCUUUUCUUCUUUUUAAUCAUAAUAGACUCAUGAAGUGUAACAUAAGUACAUAACUGAGGAGAUAUAUGCACUGGUGUUAUGAAUAAACAUUGAAGUCUUGCAUGUGAUCCUAAAGGUCCACUGUCAAAUUGUGUGAGGAGCAUUCCACGUCUUCUGAGUUAAAUCUUAUAUGGCGUCUGUU